AUGCACUGGAUCCUAUACACACUCCUCUUCGCCAUAGCAGCCCGCAAAGCAGCAGCAGCCCUCUCAGCCUACCGUUACCGCAAGACUCAUGGCCUCCAUCUCGCGCGCUCCGUCCCCCAGCCAGAAAAGAUCCUCGGCCUGUCGCUGUUCCGGCGCAUGCAGCAGAGCUCGCGCGACGGCGUCUCGCUGCAGCGGCACUUCGAGGGCACCAGGGAGGACGGACCGACCAUCUCGGCCGUUGUGAUGGGCACCUCGUUCAUUUCGACCUCGGACCCGGAGAACAUCAAGGCAGUGCUUGCGACGCAGUUUCGAGACUUUAAUCUGGGGGCCCGGAAUGAGGCGUUUGAGCCGUUUCUCGGGCAUGGCAUUUUUACUGCGGAUGGGCCGGAUUGGGAGAGAUCUAGGGGCCUCAUCCGUCCCAGUCUCAGCAAAGCCCAGAUCUCCGAGCUGCCCAUCAUCGAGCAGCACGUCCAGAACCUCCUCAGCCGGAUCCCAGACGACGGCUCGACCGUCGACCUGCAGCCUCUCUUCUUCAACUUCACCCUCGACAGCGCCACGCAUUCUCUCCUGGGCCAGCCUGUCGGAUUCCAACUCAGCCCGCCAGGCUCCGACGCCGAGAAGUUCUCGCGCGCCUUCGACGACGCCCAGGCCCACCUCCAGGUCCGUGCAAAGCUAGGCCCGUUUCUCCGUUUCGUCAGGAAUAAGGCCUUUGACGCAGAUUGUCGUCUGGUGCAUUCCUCCGUUGAUGGAUACGUGACUGAGGCCCUCCACCGAUCAACAGGGACUGGGCCUGGGACUGGGCCUGGAAAUGGAAACGAGAACAAGCGAUAUGACCUCCUCAGCGAACUCGUCAACACCAUCGCCGACGGCGUGCAGAUCCGCAACGAGCUGCUGAAUGUGCUCCUCGCGGCCAGAGAUACCACGGCCAGUCUACUAAGCCAUGCCUUUUUGGAACUCUCUCGCCAUCCGGCUGUUUGGGCGAAACUCCACACCGAGGUUGCCCGGCUGGAUGGCCACCUCCCGACGUAUACCCAGCUCCGCGAGAUGAAGUAUGUCCGGGCUGUGCUGAAUGAGGCACUGCGUCUAUACCCCCCCGUCCCAACAAACAUCCGCUGCGCAACACGACACACCUCCCUCCCCCGCGGUGGGGGCCCAGACGGCUCGCAGCCUGUGUUCGUCGCAAAGGGCUCGAUUGUGCAUUACUCCAUCUGGACGAUGCACCGGUCCGCCGCGAUCUACGGGCCCGACGCGGAGCAGUUCCGGCCGGAGCGGUGGCUGGACGAGAAGGUUCCCCUGCGGCCGGGAUGGGGAUACCUGCCGUUUAGUGGAGGGCCGAGGAUCUGUCUUGGGCAGCAGAAGGCGCUGACGGAGGCGGCGUAUGUGGUUGUGAGGAUGGUGCAGAGGGUUGGGGGUGGGGGGUUGGAGAGGAGGGAUGAGAGGCCUUGGAGGGAGCAUAUGGGGUUGGUUUUGAGUAGUUAUUAUGGUGUGCGGGUUGGUUUUACUAGUUGA